GCGAGCGAGGAUCCUGCCCGGGCUCCAGUUGUCCACGGCUCCUCCUCCUGUCGUUGCCGGCGCGAUUCCUGGGACUCAGGUAUUUUUCUUUGGCUGUCCACCUGCGGCGCAGGCAUUGGCUGAGUUUUGCCGGAGUGCCGUUGGUGCUGGAGAGAGAUGGACCACACAUCCCCGACCUACAUGCUAGCUAACUUAACCCACUUACAUUCUGAACAACUUCUGCAGGGUCUAAAUCUUCUUCGUCAACAUCACGAACUCUGUGACAUUAUUCUUCGAGUAGGUGAUGUUAAAAUCCAUGCUCACAAAGUGGUACUUGCCAGCAUCAGCCCAUAUUUCAAAGCUAUGUUCACUGGAAACCUUUCUGAAAAAGAAAACAGUGAGGUUGAGUUUCAGUGCGUUGAUGAAACCGCUUUCCAGGCCAUUGUGGACUAUGCCUACACAGGGACUAUUUUUAUUUCACAAGACACAGUUGAAUCUCUCCUUCCAGCAGCAAACCUACUCCAGAUAAAACUCGUCCUGAAAGAAUGUUGUGCAUUUCUUGAAAGCCAACUUGAUCCUGGUAAUUGUAUUGGAAUUUCUCGUUUUGCAGAGACAUAUGGUUGUCAUGACCUUUAUUUGGCAGCCACUAAAUACAUAUGCCAGAAUUUUGAAGCUGUUUGCCAGACUGAAGAGUUUUUUGAGCUGACACAUGCUGACUUGGAUGAAAUUGUUUCCAAUGACUGUUUGAAUGUAGCUACUGAAGAGACUGUUUUUUAUGCACUUGAGUCUUGGAUCAAUUACGAUGUACAAGAACGCCAGAAAUACUUAGCACAGCUACUUAACAGUGUGCGAUUACCAUUGCUAAGUGUUAAGUUUCUCACUAGACUGUAUGAAGCAAAUCAUCUUAUUCGUGAUGAUCGCACUUGUAAACAUCUUUUGAAUGAAGCACUAAAGUACCAUUUUAUGCCUGAGCAUAGACUCUCUCAUCAGACAGUCUUGAUGACACGACCUCGCUGUGCUCCCAAAGUACUUUGUGCAGUAGGAGGAAAAUCUGGACUGUUUGCCUGUUUGGAUAGUGUGGAGAUGUACUUUCCUCAAAGUGACUCUUGGAUUGGUUUGGCACCCCUAAACAUUCCUCGCUAUGAAUUUGGAAUAUGUGUUUUAGACCAAAAAGUGUAUGUUAUAGGUGGUAUCGAAACUGAUGUGCGUCCUGAUUUCACUAUCAGAAAACAUGAAAAUUCAGUAGAAUGCUGGAAUCCUGAUACAAAUACCUGGACUUCUCUGGAGAGAAUGAAUGAGCACCGAAGUACCUUUGGAGUAGUAGUACUUGCAGGAGAACUUUACGCUUUAGGUGGUUAUGAUGGACAGUCUUAUUUACAGUCUGUAGAGAAGUAUAUUCCAAAAUUGAGCAAAUGGGAACCUGUGGCACCAAUGACUACAACACGAAGCUGUUUUGCUGCAGCUGUGCUGGAUGGAAUGAUAUAUGCCAUUGGUGGGUAUGGUCCCGCCCACAUGAACAGUGUGGAGCGUUAUGAUCCAAGUAAGGACUCCUGGGAGAUGGUUGCAUCUAUGGCAGAUAAAAGGAUUCACUUUGGUGUGGGUGUUAUGCUGGGCUUUAUUUUUGUGGUAGGUGGACAUAAUGGUGUCUCACACUUGUCAAGCAUUGAAAGAUAUGACCCUCAUCAGAAUCAGUGGACUGUGUGUAGACCAAUGAAAGAACCCAGAACAGGAGUUGGUGCUGCAGUAAUUGAUAACUACCUUUAUGUAGUCGGUGGUCACUCAGGGUCUUCCUAUCUGAACACCGUGCAGAAAUAUGACCCUAUCUCAGACACAUGGCUGGAUUCGGCUGGCAUGAUAUACUGUCGCUGCAAUUUUGGACUAACUGCACUUUGACAAGUGUGGACUCAAGGAAAUAGUGAGGUGAUGAACCUCGUGCCGUAUGAAAGGAUGUCAAAUUUUCUAAAACCCUAAAGCUGCAUUGCUUUCUUUUGAACUUGAAAUGACAUGAAAACUCAAUGUUUUGUUGGGUACUUUGAAAUGACAAGUAGCUUUGGUUGUUCUUGAUUACACAGUGAAUCGAUAAUCAAGAAGGAAAGAUCUUGCCAGUUGGGCACUUUUUUCCCUUCUAAUUCUGGCAUAAAGGACUUUUAUGUUCAUAAGUGUACACGUGAAGAAAACCUUGCUGUUUUAAAAUGUUGGCUUCCUUCCUCCUUGAUAUGCACCAUAUUUACUGGGAUGAAUGAUGCGACGUUUGGAUGCUGGAGUGUAGUGAAUGACUGAACACAGUGCUGACACUUGGAUGUAAAUGCAUAUGCUUCACAUUUUAAAUAAAGGGCCGUGCGCUUUUUUGGGGGUAUUUCUAAGGGGUAUAAAUUAUAUGCCAUAGUGAGUCAGCUGGACAUUCUUCCUGUUAAAUGGCUUUAGGGCUGGGGAUGUAAUAACUUUGCAAGACAAAUGCUUUUACUGUCAUAAUAUUUGCAGGCCUAGUUAAGGAAGUCAUAUUUGCUGUUUAUAUCUUUUUUAGAUGGCAGGUCAGUGCUGGAUGAUAUCUUCUCCAGCAAUGCUAUGCUAAGCAUGGAUAGAGUUAAGCAUAUCAGUUUCUUUUUUGUCGUAGUACAUCAAGCUACCCAGUGUUGAUGUAAAUAAUUGAGAAAUGUUUAGUAUCACUCUUAGUGCAUAUUGCUUUUUUCAUAUAUCCUUAUAAUAAGUUGUGUUUAAGACAUCUGUUUGCUUUUUCAAAGUGUUCAGAUAUAAAAAUGGUGCUAACUGUAGGCGUUCUAACAAGGAUACUAUGGCAAUGUUCUUUUGGUUGUUCAGUAUGAGAUAUGCAUGACAUGUUUUGAGAGUAUUUUUUUUUUACUGGCUUGAUUUAUUUCUUCUUAUUAAAAAUGUUAGUGAGUAUACCAGUGUUAACAUCAAAAAAUCCAAAUGCUUAUGUUUUGCUUUCCAUGGUUCCUGAAUAGUGAUUUAAAGAUACAUUUUUAAAUUUUCUUUCUUCUUGUGCUAGAUAUUACAUCCUUCUUAAAACAAAUAUAUGCAUUAAAUAUAAAGUACUCCGCAGUUAUACAUUACUCUGUACAUUUCUUAGGUAACUGAAUAUUUUAAAGUUAUUGAGGAAAACUGGAAAUUCGGUGUUUACUUGAGCAAUAGUUCUAAAUUUGGUUCUACUUUGACAAAAGAUAAUAUUUUUUAAGAAUAUGUUUUUAUUGAUUUUUAAUUUUUUUACUUAAAAUUGCUUAAAACAACCAUUUUAUUUGCUGUGAAGCAGCUAUUUGGGUUGGGUUCAGUUAGUGGUUCUUUUGCUGGUCUUGCCCGGGUGACUCGUGUAGCUCGAGUCAGCUGGUAGAUUGCCUGGAACCUGUGGUUUAGGGGCCUCAGCUGGGACAGCCUGUCUCUGCUCCAUGAGGUCUCACCCUCUGUACACUGGUCCAGGCUUCUGCAGGUGACUGUGGUUGCUCAAGGGAACCCAGGUGACACAAAAGAACCACCCAGCUGAUCUGCACAUAUAUGCAAGGUAAUAGGUGCUUUGGGCCAUCCAAAGGAAGAACUUUCUAUCAAAUGGAAAUAAAUCCAUCUAUUUAUAUAGUGUUGGAAGGUGAUCACUGACCUCUUUUUAGGAAUACUGCAAAGUUGACUUGCAGUGCAGAAGAGAGCUAGACUCUAACCUAUAAGCCUCAUCCAAUGGCAAAAAUUCUAGUUCUAUAAUACUAUGUGCAGGCCAGGCCAGCUAUUUCAGAAAAGUACUGAUAAGACCUAAUCCUUUUGAAUGCAGAAAAGGUGACAAACCACACAGCUUGUCACCUCAAAGGGGUCAGAAUAUGACCAGCAAAAAUACCUACAAAAUACUUCUGUUUUUAUUGAUUGUUUAAGGAGAGAGGAAGGGAGAGAGACAUAGAAACAUCUAUGUGAGAAACAUCAAUUGGCUGCCUCCUGCAGAACUCCUACU